AUGACUAUUGAUGAACUGAAAAAGCUUCUUGGUGUGCUCAUGCUGACUGGUAUUGUCAAAAAGCCUGAACAGACUGACUAUUGGUCCACUGAUGAGCUACUCAAUACCCCAAUCUUUGGGAAGACACUGCCAAGAAAUAGAUUUCAGCUCCUGAUGAAAUUUUUGCAUUUUUCCAACAAUGAUGACAUUCCAGCAGACAAUGAAGACAAACUCAUCAAGGUGCGCCCAAUUAUUGACGCUCUCAUUCCCAAGUUUGGAGAGUACUACAACCCCCAUGAACACGUAUCUAUUGAUGAAGGUAUGUUGAAAUGGAAGGGCAGAUUAGUUUUCAGGGUGUACAACCCUAUGAAACCCAUCAAGUAUGGGAUAAAAAGCUACAUCCUUGCUGAUUCCCAUUCAGCAUACUGCUGGAACAUGAUCGUUUAUGAUGGCACACACCGCACACUUCAUGAGAUUGUCUUUGCUCUGCUGGAAGGAUUGGUUGGUCAUUUCUACUCCCUGUACAUGGACAACUAUUACAACUCUGUUGCCUUGAGUGAGGCCCUCUUGAGGAGUGAUACUUAUGUUGUGGGUACACUUCGAAAGAACAGGGGUGAGCCACAAGAAAUUCGUGACUGUGGGACACGUGGGCAUGUCCUCCAAAGAGGUGACAUUCUCGCUCGAGACAAUGAAAAUUGUAUAGUUAUUGCAUGGCAAGACAAAAGGUGUGUGAAAGCCAUCAGUAGUAAACAUAGUGAUGCAAUGGGUGAGGUACAAGUCAGACAGAGGGGUGGUGGUCGCGAGAGGCUCAGGAAGCCAGAGUUGGUCAUUGAUUACAAUGCCAAUAUGAAUGGGGUGGAUUGCGUUGACCAAAUGUUGUCAUACUACCCAACUGUGAGGAAAACUAUCAAGUGGACCAAGAAGCUCUCCCUCUACAUGGUUGAAUUGUCUAUCCAUAAUUCUCAUAUCAUCUUCAAUGAGAAGCAGGCCCAGGGUGACAAGAUGACAUUGUGCGAGUUUCAGAUGUCCCUCAUCCGACCCCUGAUAUCCGUCGCGCCACCACCCAACUCGUCUGACAGUAUGGAAAAAAGUCUGUUUUAUAGCGUGAUGUGCGAUGAAACUACAGAUAUUAGCGUCACCAAGGAACUCAUUGUGUACACCCGAUAUCUCUCAGGGGGGAAGUCAGUCACCAGAUUCUUGGAAGUCCGUGAGUUGCCUGAUGGGUGUGCAGAGACUAUAUUCCAAAGUCUGCUCAAGAUGGAGGAAGAAUUCGACUUCGAUUUCAAAAACAAAUUAGCUGCUUACGAUCAAGAGAACUGCCGAUACAAGAUGGAUGUCACUGGACAGGGCGGUGACAGCCGUGAGAAAGUGUAUUCGUAG